UGGAGAACGGUUAUGACGGUAUCACGCCAAAAGCAGUGGCACGUGCGUGUCUUGGCACAGGGGUCUCGGCGCGGAACAACCCCUGUCCCUUUUCCAUCUCUCCACCUCUGUUUCCAUGACAAGGGAGAAAUCAACAUGACGGGUCCCCCGCCAUCGAGCUUAGUUUUCUUGUCAGACCUGCAGAACUGCGACCGUGGCGACAAAGUCCGGUUCCUAGGCUGCGUCGAUGAAUAUGUCGUCCAGGAUGCGACCCUCCGCCUCAAGCACAACUACCCGCCCUCUGAGAGGCCGCGUGUUGCUCGCGUGAACAUAUCCGUCAUUCUGGAAUCCAUACAGCGCCAUGAUAUCGAUGUGGGAUGCUGGGUAAACGUACUGGGAUACGUCGUGGGCCAGGAUGACACUGGUGUAUCCGUACAAGCCAUCGCGGUUUGGAGCGCCGGAAAUCUGGACCUGGAGGCUUACCAAAAUGCGGUCAAUUGGAGGAAAGAGGUCGCCUUGGGUCGGGUCUAUACGUGACAGGGAGAGACAACCGAGUGGACUGUAGUGCUCCAUUCUUAUUCGAUGUGCUCGACGAUGCCUCCCCGAUCUCAACAUAUAGAGCAUGAA